AUGACCUCUUCCCAUCUCAUCCGCAUGAUGUAUCGCACGGUUUCUCUAGCAGCGCCACCCUUACCAUCGACAAUUCCAACCCCCCCUCUCCCUCUACCCUUACUGCCGCCGCGCUAUGGAUCUGCGCGAGCGUCGGAGGUGUUAUCAUUGCCAUCACUGUUUGUGCUGUGGUUGUCUGACGGGCCCGCUACAACCGGUGGCGGCGACGAUCAUGAAAAGGACGAUGACCGCGAAAAAAAGGAGGAAGAAGUGCAUACGGUCGUUUCCUCCAACGUGGCCGGCCUGUCCCAAGAAUCAGACCUUUCCAACAAAGGAAAAGCCCCUCAACGCUCACAAUCCCUUGCCCCCACUCCCCAGCCGGUCAAUAUUAAGUUUGUGAUAGUCCCACGGGGCUAUCGAUUGCCGGCGAUGACGGCGAGGCCGGCAGAGUCGCAAGCCACCGUGGAUGCGUUGAUCGCGACUUUGCGAGAUAAAAAGUGA